AUGGAAAAGUUGUCCAGAUCAAACUGGAAGAAAAAGAAUGGCAUGAACCUCAAGACAAUGGUACAAAUGUUUCAAAAAAAGACUUCUUUAGCAGAUCAUAGGUCAUCCCCGAAUCAUUUUGACGAGUUCGAGGACUCCAAGGAUGUGGCUAAUGACGUUAAAGAAGGACAUUUCGCCGUGAUGGCAGUGGACCACGAUGAGAAGCUUAAGAGAUUCAUCGUUCCUAUAAGUUGUUUGACGCAUCCUACUUUCUUAAGGCUGUUGGAAAAAUGUGCAGAGAAGUAUGGGUUUGAACAUGAAGGCGCACUCAUGCUUCCUUUGUUAGAAAAAUAG